AUGUUGAGGGUGCGCUCCGUCGCAAAGUAUGCCAAGGGCAAAGGUAAAGGCGUGGCGACGGUGGCAAACUUGGCGCCAGACAAAGACCCACGGCUGGCCCAAGUGGAGGAUGAUCCGCGGCGCAGAAAGGGGGCACCACUGGGAAAGGCUCAAAGAGCAGCCUUGGGAGAGCAUGGCCUGGAUGGGCGCAACAGCGCAUCGUUUGAUCCUGGCUCCACGUUGGUUCGGCCCUCCAUGCGGAUUGCAUUUGGCUCCUCAGAGCUGCCGGAGUACGACAAGGUCUUGCGUCACGAUGACGUCGUGAUAGUCCCGGAGUUUUUCUGCAAGGAGACUGACUGGCAGACCUACUACGACCUCGUGGAGGAAAUGCGAAAGCUGCAAGAGGACGGCGUCAAGGAUUCUGCCUGGACCUCCUGGCAUGAGGGCGCACACCUCUUGAGUCCAAAUCCAGAAGGGUCCCCAACCUACCAGCGAAUCUUGGAGCGCAUGUGCCAGUACUUCAGCGUCUCAGAAGGCACUCGAGGCACACGCUUCAAUUGGUACCGCGAUGGAAGUGACUGGAAGAGAGCCAAGAAUCAGAACUGCACCAUUGGGAUUUCCUUCGGGUCCUCGCGCGAGCUGGCCUUCAGACAUGCUCAAAGUGGAGAGCUGAUCUACUUUCCGCAAAGCAACGGGACACUCUACUUCUUUGGCCGUGACGUGAACAUUCGAUGGCAGCACGGGAUCAACGCAUUGCCUGCAGAAGAGCAAGAUGGAAGAGGCAGGAUUUCCAUCAUCCUUUGGGGCAACGCGAGCAAGGCCGUGGACGAGUCCGGCUCUCCAGCGAUGCUUGGUGAUGAUCGGCCAGGGAACUACUCCAUGCGCACCUUUGUUGCUCUUUAG